CAUUACCCUCUACUGCCACAUGCACGGAUGCCAGUUCUUGAGUUCGACAAUAUUUUUACACAAGUAUUCUGUACACGCUUCUUGUUUCGUUUUCUUGCAAAAUAAUUUCUCUAAGCACACUUAAUUGCUUGUCUAACACUGCGUUUCAAUAUUCAGUUCCCAAUGCAUGUGGUGAAACGCAAAUAAUUAAAUUCGUGAAUUAUUUCACAUUUGACGUAACCCAUCCCACACCCAGGUAGCCUAUUCUCUUGCGCCUCAACUAAUGGGACAAACACUGACAUCAGUCCCCGCACGUUCGCGCAUUCGGUUACGCGCUUACAGCCAGUGACUCCUCAAACCAAAUUUAAUCCCAACGAUCAACACACCGACCGUGAACGGACCCCAAACAGACGGAAUUUCAGUCUUGUGCGCUUUCACGGCCUACAUCUCUCAUCCCAUAUAAAACUGAAUUACCUUUGCAAUAAUAGUCAACCUCAACGGAUUAAGAAACGCGGGUGAGCAAGUGGUGCUGUACUUACAGGUGAUGGCUUCCUCCUGGUGUCUGCCUCUGGCUCUCCUGGUCUCCAAUCUAGCCGUUUCACACAGCGCUGAGCCCAGCUCCACACACGCCAAGAGGCGAUUGGCACAGCCCUCACCAGGCAAUGGCAAUGCCCUCCAGUACCCUGAGCAGGGCUUCCAGAGCCAUGGGCAUGGGAACGUCAGGGAGCGUGGAGGGAGGCAUGGGGGCCAAGGGGCCCACAGUGCCAAAGCCAAUACUGGGGCUGGGCUCCUCUCCCGCAGUCCCCUGCACCCCGCAGCUCGGCAUGAGGAUGAUGGGACGGGUCUGGAUGGCCUGAGCCCGGUGAGACUGGAGAUGGGCCCUGGGGGCAGGGAGAGGGAGAAUGGUCGCGGAGGCUUCAGGAACCCAUCUCAUGCUCGGGAGAACCACCCUCUGGGGCCACACAAGGGGAAGGCACAGGGACAUGGGCACCACUUUGAUCACAGGAGACAUGGAGGUCGGAGAGACAAGGGUCGGCACACUAAAGGUUUCUUCCCUGAGCCUGAGCUGGACUCUAGUCUGAAGGAGGGAUCUGUCUCCUCCACCAUCUUUGGCUCCGGCUCCUCUGCGGUUACCACGGUGAUGAGCGAGCAUCCCCCAAUGCUGCCCCCAGCCUCCACCAAACCCAAGAAGUCAGGCCGGGGGAAAGUGCAAGGAGAGGUGAUGCCCACUCUGGAUAUGACGCUGUUUGACUGGACGGACUACGAGGACAUGAAGCCAGUGGAUGCCUGGCCUUCUUCCAGGAAGAAAGACAAGCGGCGUAGUAAGAACCUAAGCAGUGGCAACGUGACGGUGGACUCUGAUGCCAUCGAGCCAUGUGACCACCACUUGGACUGCCUCCCAGGAUCCUGCUGUGACCUGAGACAGCACGAGUGCAAGCUUCACAACCGCGGCCUCAACAACAAGUGCUAUGAUGACUGUAUGUGCGAGGAAGGGUUCCGUUGCUAUGCCAAAUUCCACCGGAAGCUUCAUGUGACCAGACGAAGGGGUCGUUGUGUGGUGCCAGAGUCAGCCAACAGAGACCAGGGGGCCUUCAUCACAGUGUGAGGGGUCACAGACACACACCACACACUGAACAUGACCACUCUCUCUGACAUAAAAGACAGACACUGUCUAGUGAUAGUUCAUUCAGAAUUUUCAUACUACUCAUCUGGUCUCCCUCACUUCAGUGCCACAGAAUCAUGUACAUGUACACAUUAAUUCCAAAACAACAACUGUGCAGUGUCUGAUUAACUGAACAUGAACAUAUGAAUGUGUUUUCUGAGAAUGGAUAGAUUGUCAAUGGCUUUUCUAAUGAUUCUGUCACACUACUCUUUAAAGGUAAUUAUUAUGAUAAGCAAAAAUGUUUGUUUGAGUUUCCUUUAUAUGUUUUAAUAUUUGUUUAUUUAUACAAUAUUUAGAACAGAACUCUGUGUCUAUUGUGUUUUUUCAACCUCAUUUUAUGUGAUUAAAUUCUUGUACAUUGAU